AUGUGCUCUAUAGCCAUGCUCCAUCAGUGGAGUCUUGCUGUGUUCUUGCUGUGCUCCCCAGUGACUCUCUACGGGAGGCCAGUUGAUGCACUUAGUGGUAGAACGAGGAGGUCAGUGAGCCAUGCCCAGCUGAUGCACGACAAGGGACGCUCCCUGCAGGAGUUCAAGCGUCGCAUGUGGCUGCAGGAGCUGCUGGAGGAGGUGCACACAGCCGACGAACGAGCCCCGCCCCUCCAGAGCAGAGCCACUAGCCACACCUUCAGUGGGAGUGCCCUGCACCAGAAGCCCCCCGGAGGCACCAAAAACCUCCCCCUCAGGUUCAGGCCGGACAGGGAGGGAGUGAACCUGCCCCAGGAGACCAACAAGGCUCUGGCCUACAAGGACCAGCCACUCAAAGUGGCCACCAAGAGGAAAAAAAAGGUGAGGUUAGGCCGGCGGAGGGAGAGCGACAAGAAGAGGAGAAAGACACGUUCUGUCACAGCAAAGGAGCUGCAAAGGACACAGUGCCCCGGGUGA